AUGGGACACAAAGAAAACAUGUCAAUGCCGAAGGACGACGCGAUAGACACAUCAGAAGUGAUUACGGCGGACGGAUCAAAGAUGACCGAGAAAGACGAGUACAACGUGCUUUGUAGUCAAGUGACUCCAAUUGCACAGCCGUUGGCGUCAAGAAAGCUAGCGAAAAAGUUGUACAAACUUUUGUCUCGUGCUUCGAAGGUUCCGAAAGACGGCUGCCGUUACGGCGUUCUGGACGUCCAGAAAUUGAUCAGGAAAGGUAAACGUGGAAUUCUCAUCCUCGCAGGUGAUACGACGCCGAUCGACACUAUCAGUCACUUUGGGCCGUACUGCGAAGAGAAGGACAUCGCCUAUGUUUAUACUCCUUCGAGGCAACACCUUGGCUUAGCACUGGGAAAAACACAGGCGUGCAUGGCAGUGCUUGUAUUCGAGCAUGAAUCGUAUGCCGAUCUCUACAAAGAAUGUGAAGAGCUUGUAAAGUCGCUACCAAUUCCUACGUUGUCUGAUUAA